AUGGAAGCACUUGUAGAAGCUGUAGCCGAAAUAGCAGAUCUUCUUAAAGUGAAAGAUCUAAAGAGCGAAGCGAUCUUGAUUAAAAAAUCAAAUAAGGGCUACACUGUUGGGACAGAAAAGGUAGCUGUUACCAUGAGCGAACUUAAAGGACAGACCAAUUUACUGGAAUGUGAAAGAGACGACUUGAAGGACCAACCAAAUGGUGGUUGCAAACGAAAUACAUAAGUUCUCAUGGUACACUUUGAGGAGGAAAAGGUAAUUGAUGGACUAAUUACUAAUGCGCAACAUAUAAGCUUCACCGUAGGGCAGUGGAAAGGAGACGCUUUUCCUCAAAAACAGUUAAAAGUUUAUAAAUCAAACGAUUUGGAAGACGAACUCAAGAAACUGAGAGAGGAGCCUGAAACUGAACCAUGGGACGUUGAGCGAAUAGGAGCGGUGUUAAACACUAACUCGUUGACUGACAGAAGUUCAUCUUGGCAAUUACCAAACAUUGCGGUUACGUUAUGA